AUGGCACUGUGUUCACUACUUACAACACAGUACACCACCAGCCACUACACCACCAGCCACUACACCACCAGCCACUACACAGUAUACCACCAGCUAGUACACAGUAUACCACCAGCCAGUACACCACCAGCCAGUACACCACCAGUCAGUACACAGUAUACCACCAGCCAGUACACCACCAGCCAGUACACCACCAGCCACUACACCACCAGCCACUACACCACCAGCCACUACACAGUAUACCAUCAGCCAGUACACAGUAUACCACCAGCCAGUACACCACCAGCCAGUACACCACCAGCCAGUACACCACCAGCCAGUACACCCACCAGCCAGUACACAGUAUACCACCAGCCAGUACACAGUACACCACCAGCCAGUACACAGUACACCACCAGCCAGCCACUAUACAACCAGCCAGUGCACAGUACACCACCAGCCAGCCACUAUACCACCAGCCAGUGCACCACCACCCAGCCAGUACACCACCAGCCGGCCACUAUACCACCAGCCAGUGCACCACCACCCAGCCAGUACACCACCAGCCAGCCACUAUACCACCAGCCAGCCACUAUACCACCAGCCAGCCACUAUACCACCAGCCAGCCACUGUACCACCAGCCAGCCACUAUACCACCAGCCAGCCACUAUACCACCAGCCAGCCACUAUACCACCAGCCAGCCACUAUACCACCAGCCAGCCACUGUACCACCAGCCAGUGCACCACCACCCAGCCAGUACACCACCAGCCACUACACCACCAGCCAGCCACUACACCACCAGCCAGCCAGUACACCACCAGCCAGUACACCACCAGCCAGCCACUAUACAGUACACCACCAGCCAGCCACUAUACAGUACACCACCAGCCAGCCAGUUCACAGUACACCACCAGCCAGCCACUAUACAGUACACCACCAGCCAGCCACUAUUCAGUACAUCACCAGCCAGCCACUAUACAGUACACCACCAGCCAGCCAGUUCACAGUACACCACCAGCCAGUACACCACCAGCCAGCCAGCACACAGUACACCACCAGCCAGCCAGUUCACAGUACACCACCAGCCAGCCAGUUCACAGUAUACCACCAGCCAGCCACAACACAGUGCACCACCACCCAGCCACUAUACAGUACACCACCAGCCAGUACACAGUGCACCACCACCCAGCCAGUACACCACAAGCCACUACACCACCAGCCAGCCAGUUCACAGUACACCACCAACCAGUACACCACCAGCCAGCCAGUUCACAGUACACCACCAGCCAGUACACCACCAGCCAGCCAGUUCACAGUACACCACCAGCCACUACACAGUAA